AUGUACGCGGACGUCCGCGAGCGACGGCGAAGGGCGAUGGAAGAUUUAACGCCGCUCCAACGCCGGGCGCGGGCGAGCGGAGGCGUGAAUCCGUUCGAUUGGUCGGAUGGACACGUGGGACACUUUUACGAGUUCAUGGUGGCGGAGAACGCGGCGAGCGAACGAGGAGCGAAGUCGCGCGCCAUGGUGUUCGAGAGACAGGAUGAGUCGGGACAAAACGUGGUGGAGGAAUUAUUCGAUAGUUUUAGGGCGGACUACGCGGAUCGGUGGCGGGCGGAGGUGGUGUGCGGGAUCGACGCGAGCGCGGGGGCGUGCGAGCGGUAUAGGGACGCCGCGGCGGAGGCGUGCGAAGCGUUGCUGGGAGACGACGACGCACGAGAGAUGGGGGCGUGCGAGACGUAUUUGCACACGUAUGGGAUCGUGCACGAGCAUUGGCACGUGGAAGAUUACGUGCAGGCCAGGAAUACGUUGGGAUACUCAAAGCCAAAGAUGGAGGCGCCAAAGCGAUAUCCGGCGAAUUUGUGGGGAGACUCGGUCUUGGCGCGCUCGAGAAACGGGGAAUGUUCGGCCUGUAGUACUCAAGUGAUCACUCUUCAAGGAUAUGUCGACGUGGAUGUGGGGACGACCUAUUCUUUAGGCGCCGAGCGAGAGGACAAGUGGGUGUUCGACGCCGAGCGAUGGGCGCACGACGUACCAAUGACAAAGUUCAAAAUUGCGAAGACGUGUUGCACGAACGCGCAAUUCGCGUGCUUUGUCGAAACAGGAGGUUAUGCCGACAGAAGUCUUUGGAGUCACGAAGGGUGGCGAUGGGUGGAAAAACGACGCGCCGCGGGUGAAUUGUUGGCGCCUCUCGGUUGGAAAGUGUCGCCGUGCGUGAAAUUCUUAAGCAACGGCGAAGAAGCACCCGCGUGUGAGAGUUGGCGAUGUGCGUACUUUGAUGAAGCGCCACGCGCACUACAUCCGCAGCACCCUGUGUGCCACGUGUCGUGGUACGAAGCCGAGGCGUAUUGUAACUGGAUUGGCGCACGUUUACCGACUGAGGCGGAAUGGGAAGCAGCCGCGAGAACGACGACGAGUUGGUCGACGGACAAACAAACCACAAAGCGUCGCACGUAUCCGUGGGGUGAAGAAUCUCCUUCAGAAGACAAAGCAAAUCUUGGUGGACACUUUGGAGGUACUAUUGAUGUCAGUGCUUUGGGUGCGGGCGAUAGCGCGCACGGUUGCCGACAGAUGUUGGGCAACGUUUGGGAAUGGACGGCGUCGGCUUUCCUGCCUUUUCCCGGUUUUCAAAUGGACUACCCGUAUCGCGAAAACAGCUGUCCGUGGUUUGGGUAUAGAAAAGUCGUCAAAGGCGGGUGUUGGGCGACGAGCGCGCCCAUCGCGCGUGCGGCAUAUAGACACUCGUUUUGGCCGCACAUGCACAACACGUUCAGUGGAUUUCGCGCCGCUAUCGGUGGCUCGCAAAAGCGCGCGCUUUGCAUUCUUCCGCAAAAAAUACAGAGCGGCGCAAAAUGUGGCAACGUGGUCACGAUGGAAAGAAUUUCUUCGCAUCUCGAGAAGAAUCACAUCAUGAGCAUCACGCGUUCGAUUUUUGAUCUGCCGCAGUCAAAGGAGGAUUUGGCGAACAUAAUACACGCGAUGAACGUCGAUUUGAUCAUCGUCUUGCACGCUUUCAAGUGCGGUGCCGUGAUCGAUACCGUACAGGCAUAUAAAGACAUGCUCCCGCCUAUCGUUCUAGUGCUCGGCGGCACCGACGUCAACGUGGAUUCUCGAAAGUCUGCGCUCGCUGAGGAACAAUUUCGCCGACGCGUUGACGUCGCGACAAAAGUUGUCUCGUUUUCCUUGUCCAUGAUAGAAGCCGCACCCAAAGGUGCGUUGAAAUUUAUCGAGUCGGACUCGACAUCUAAAACCAAACUGAUACCGCAAGGAGUCAUGCUCCCGAGCACGUUGAAGGCUUCAAAGCGCAAAAGGCUUGCAGAUGAAACUGUGGAAACACCCGGCGAGCUUCAAGGCACCUCGCGGCCUGCGGACCUAUCGAUACCGAUCAUGUUCCUACCUGCGGGAUUACGCCCAGUCAAGGACGUGUGCUUCAUAAACGACGCAUUGACUGCGUAUAACUCAAAUGGAAUCAAAGCACAUCUGACUGUGUGCGGCCCUUUCCUCGAUUCGGCGUACGCGAAACGCGUGCGAUGUGUCGAUCGCGCGACGCUUGUAAGGUUCAUCGGCGAGGCGAAAGUUUUGUUGAACACCUCGGUAUCGGAAGGUCAAAGCGGAACCAUCGCUGAAGCGAUGAUGGUGGGGACUUUAGUCUUCGCGCGAGAUAUUCCAGGCAAUCGUCAGCUCUUUGAGUUGUGCGAAGCGAGAGCGCUCGCAGCACUCGGUCCUGCGACGAUAAAGGAGAUGAAGGGCGAUGGAUGGGAGGUUCACCCGAGGGUUGCAUGCGCGCUUUCGAAGCAUUAG